ACUGGUUUGGCGGGAAACGCAAAACAAGAAUUAUGUGGAGGCUGCAUCACCAACGACGGCGAGAUGCCACCGCGCCGCGGUUUCCGCGCCGAGAGGCCAUCCUCGCUGCUACCAAACGGCCCCGCCGCAUCAAGGCCCUCAAGCUCACCGCACUCGUGCAACGCAGCCAGGCGUUUCUUGGCUUUACAGAUCGGGGCUUGCGGAUCGUGCUUGAGAUUGUGCCAGAAGACAGCGCAGUACUUGUCAAGUUCCAGUCCCCACACGGCCCUUCCAGUCAGGUGACGCUGGCACGCUCGAUCGAGACAAUUCAAGACUUUCGCAUUUACUACCAUGACGUCAGUCCUCGCCUCGGAUUGCUCGUUGCGGAUCGCACAAGCCCACGUCAUAUUGCCCCAUCUUUUGUUGUUUUCCACCUCCCACACCUGCCCCAGCCAGACCCGGCAUAUGUGCUCCUGUCACGAUGCUACUGCCCGCCAAUUGAAAUUGCCUGUCGCCAGGGCACGCGGGUGCACGGGUCGGCUGUUGUGACGGUGUUUGCCACGUUUGCCACAGCCGUCAACGUGCUCGCUGCGCCAGGAAUGGUGGAGAGCAAAGACAACACAGUGUACAAUGAUGACGCUGGUGCUGAUGAUCAUGAUGAUGGCAUGAAUGACAGCGGAGGUGACAGAAUGCAUGAACGCCACGCACAGAAAGCACAACAACCACAGCGUCCACAACGCCCACAGCAUGCACACAAUGCACAGCAUCCCCAGCGCUUGGGCGGGAUCCUGGCUGCCAUGACCGCGCCGUGCACGUGUGGAUCGCUGCUGUGUCGCCAAGCCCUUCACUGGCGGGUGGCGACACUGGGACAGGCUGGACAGAGGGGAGGGUCGCGGGAUGGUGAUGGCAGCAGCGGCCGUCGUGGUGGUGGUGAUGAUAGCAGCAACGAUGGUGGAAGAGUUGGUAUGAUGCCACCUCCAACCGCCACAGAACAGCAGCAGCAGCGUGAUCGUGAUGAGGGUGAUACCGGUGAGGAAGCAGGAGACCUCGAUGACAAUGAGCUAGGGGAGCAGACAGACGCUUCACGACAACAACGGCAACGACAACACCAACGACAACAGCAGUCAUAUGUUGAGCCAGAGUGGGUGUAUCCAUGUCACGCAUCACACGACACGACCUUGUUCCUUGACCGCAACAGCGUGCACAUUGCGUCCAACACACGCGCGCCGCUGACGCUGGUUGAGCGGUUCAUAGAGGUGGAGAGGAUUGUGCUGGCAUUUGCCCUUCGCCACCUUCCGCCGCACCUUCGUCUCGUCUCCAUCGCCGACUACGACGCCCUGCGACUUGGGCCGGAAGCUGGCUCGCAGGACGUGUUGCUGUUGACGUCUGUUGUUGUGCGCACGGAUCGCAGGCAGCAGACCAUCUCACCCUCCCAUACAGCCAACACUGCCACCGCCAGCACCACGAUUGCAAGUAGUGGCAGCCACAGCGGGCGCCUUCACGGCAUCAGUAACUGUGCCGCAUCACGUGCACGCAUGCGAUCCGCCCCACCAACAUCAACAUCAACAGCAUCACCAUCGUCGUCGUCGUUAGUGUUGCCGUUCCACUUUGCGCUGUGCCUGAUACGGUGGCAGCUUGCGCGCAACCACGUUGAGAUGCUAUUGCUGUGCCGUUUUCGCGGUGUUGCGCAGCAGGACGCCCCCAUCAUUCGCCAGACACACCUCCACUUCCUCAACCACCUCAACAGCAAGACUGUGCUUGCUCCCUUUGCGCCUGUGAGUGUGCAUGAGUUCCAAAAGUCCAAGCAGCACCUGUGGCACCCCCGCCUCCCGCACGUCGUCACAUUGUAGAAAAACUAACGAAAUUAUAAACAACUUUCGGAAACGGC